AUGUCUGUUCAGAACCCCAGUCCACUGUCUGCCCAAGGAGCUAUCCUGCAACGAACCUCAAGCAAUGGAGACGCCAUCAACCUGGAAGCGAAAGUAAGCGAUCCAGAAGGCGACCAACCACGGCUCCAGCCAUCAACGGAUCAGAGCGAAAUUCAAGUCGAGAGCGAGGAGUUGCAAGGCAGCAGGCUCGUGCUCGUAACCAUAUCCUUCAUGCUCUCCAUUCUACUCGUAGCUCUCGACCAAAACAUUAUAUCGACCGCCAUUCCUAAAAUCACAGCCCAAUUCCAAACCACGAACGACAUCGGAUGGUGGGGUGCUGCAUACCUACUGGCGCAAAUGGCGUUCCAGCCCCCGUUCGGAAGAGUCUACAUUUACUUUGACAUGAAGCGGACAUACCAGGUGUCGUUGUUGAUCUUUACUGUUGGAUCAAUCAUCUGCGCUGUUUCAAAGUCUUCGGCGGUCUUUACGUUUGGGCGAGCAUUUGCAGGCGUGGGCGCAGCUGGAAUCAAUUCAGGGGCUUUUGCGAUCGGAACACGCAUCGUUCCAAUGAAGAAUAGGCCCUUGUAUCUAUCCAUCGUGAGCAGCAUGUAUGGCGUCUCGGCAGUUGCGGGGCCGCUACUUGGUGGUGUCUUUGCCGACUCGAAGGCUCUGACCUGGAGGUUCUGUUUCUGGAUCAAUUUGCCUAUUUGCGGACUGGCCCUUGCUUCGAUUACGUUCUUUCUUCGGACUCGUUUCCAGUCGAAUACCAACAUCGCCCUUACACAGAAGCUUUUGAGACUCGAUAUACAGGGCUCAACAAUCCUGAUCGGUGCAUCUGUAUGCUUGAUUAUCGCACUACAGAUGGGAGGGGUUACACGUCCGUGGAGUGAUUCCAGAGCGUGGGGCUGCCUCCUUGGAUGUGGUCUACUCACAAUCGCCUUUAUCAUAUGGGAAUGGCGAUCUGGAGAAACGGCGACAUUUCCGGGUCAUGUUGCGUUGCAGCGAUCCAUGGGUCUCAGUGCAGUCUUCUUGUGCCUUUUUUUCAUGGUAACCUUUGUGCAUUCGUAUUACCUUCCCUUAUUCUUCCAAGUAGUCCAAGGAACUACUGCGGAGCGGUCCGGGAUUCAGCUCUUGCCCUACCUAGUCCCAGAAGUGGUGGCAGCGAUUGUAAGCGGUGCUUUCAUCACAAAGACUGGACACUAUGUCCCUCUCAUGUGGCUGGGUUCCAGCUUAGUGACGGUUGGCAGUGGAAUGCUGUAUACGCUGCAGCCCGGAAGUCCUCAGCGGGAAUGGGUAGGAUAUCAGGUGCUCACUUCGAUAGGUUUCGGCAUGACAAUACAGGUGCCAUACACCGUAGUUCAAGUUGUUCUGGAGCAGGGCGAUGUACCGAUGGGCAAUGCACUACUCAUGUUUUGCAUGUGUUUGGGCGGGUCCGUGGCGGUGGGAAUCGGCCAGAACAUCUUUUCAAGUGUUCUUAUUCGCGAACUCAGGCGGUCGGCCGAGUUCAGAGACAUCGCGGAUGUCGUGCGGCAUAUUGGAGGAACAGAGUUAAGAGGUAGAUUUCCCAAGUCGCUAGUCGACCGGCUCAUCAUUGUGUAUUCGCGUGCCAUCACUGCGACAUUUCUUCUCCCGAUUGCCGCUGGCGGACUAGCAUUCCUUGUGAGUAUAGGAAUCGAACGAAGGAAGCUGAAUAUCAAGAAGAGUAUAUAA